AUGUCGCUAAUCUCUUCGUUGGAAACCACUAGUGUAGAGCCUAUUCGGACAUCUUCUGAAUUGACUACGGAAAGUGAGACGGUCAAAGUGUCUACUUUGCGCAAGUCCCUGCAUUCUUCUGAAAUGCAUCGCUCAGCUUCAAAAACACCUCGCACGCUUCCAGACCAUGUGCAAAAGUUAAAAAGUAUAUACUCGGCUUAUCAGCAAGAUGGGCAACCUUUGAGUAAAGAGGCUGUAUUCCACGCGAAACAAAAGUAUGGUAUCUUAAAUACUCCGGCCUACCAUAAGACACUCGGCUUAGGAGAUACUGGUAGUGAAUCUGCAGACUUGGCUGCUCGUUUGGCGAAUAGGAGCAAGAGAUCAACUAAUGAACCUGUCGGGCCCACAAUCGAACAAAAGGCUCUGGAUGAGGCCUCCAAAAUAACAUUUUCUAAAAUUCCCCUAACGCUACCCGAAGAGAUUCCCAUGAAGGUUAAUUUGGGUCUGAAGGGUAAAAGGGACUUUUUAACCAGGUCAGCCGCACAAAAGGCAUUAGCUUCCAAUUUUUCGUCAGAUAGUUCCACGAUUGGUGUCUCUGAAAGAGGCAAGCGUGCGUCCUCUGCUGCGACAGUUAUUGCAAAUGACUUUAAUGCAAACAGUGUAAAUCCCCACCAUCCGGCAGGAUUUGAAUCACUAGAUUUGUCCAAAGUCUUAGAUGGGGCUGAAAGAAAAGCAAUUAAAAGAAUUAACGGUAGGUUGUAUCCAGAAAAGGUGAAUUUUCAAAAUGGACUACUGACUGGUAGGGAGAGCGGUGUGUCUAAAGCCAACAAGGAAGUUUUCAAAAAGGGAACCUUAAAAAAGUUGGAACGUUCAGCCGAGGAAUUCUUGGAAGCUCAGCCUGGCAAUGGGAGGCAAGGGCUGAAUGAUCGUCAGUAUAUGUAUGCAAAGAAUGCGGCCGAUGCGGUAAAGGAUCUUGAUCCAAGGGCAUUGGUGGAUCCAAAUUUCGCUGCAAAAGAGCUUCAAAAGAAGACGUACUUAAAGCAAAUAUCAUCUCCGCUGGUGCUACAUGAAGCUCAAAACCUUGCCAAUAAGAGGUUGCGGGACAUUGACUCUAACAAUACCUAUUUGAUUCUGUUUGGUAAUCAAGCUUACAACAAGCUUGCCGUAGACAUUGCUUUAAAGCACUACUCGGCUAAUCAAGAGCAGAAGAAAAAAAUCUACCUAGGUGGUGGCUUGUGGAUAACUCCAGAAGAAGUUAAUACUGUAGCCAAAAAUUUGAUAUCGCCCGUAAUAAACGAAAUUAGCGAGAGGGCUAAUAGACAGCGUAUCGUUGACCGGGAUAUUGAGAAAAGGACAAGUAUCCUUGACCAAGAGCAUGAAAACUGGAAAUCUAUGGAACGUACAAAAGAGCAAAAUGACAAGCAGAUUUUGUUAGUGAUGGAAUCAAAACGGCACCAGGAAAAAGUAGCCAAAAAAGCAGAGAGUGAACAAACCUACAACAUGCUGGUAUAUAAUAUGGAUGCUGAAGUAGAGGAGAAGGAGAAGGAGUUAGAGAUUAUUAAGCAAGAUCGGGAACAUUUGAGGGUUGAAUUGCAAGGAAUGCUGUCCAAAAGCAUAUCAGAAGAAGAAGGUAACAUAAAAGAUUGGAGUGAAUCCUGUCAAAGAGAUCUCGAUAAUACAAAUAUUGAACACGCUCAGGCAGCUAGACUGUACCCUGAUGAUUUGAGAGCCUCGACAAAUGAAUAUGACGAACUGCUAGACGAGCACGACAGAGUACAGGAUCGGAUCAAAAAGUUGAAUUUAUCUAUUAAUGAGCACAGAAGUGUCAUCCGUGAUUUUAAAGUAAGAAUUGAUACGGGGGGAGGUUUGACAGCCACACAAAAAGAGAAAUUUGGUAGUGGAGGGCAUCUUAUGGAUGCUACUGUGAAUGAUUCUGUUGUUAUUCUUGCAGAAAAGGCGAAACAAGAAGCUGAAUUGGCUUCAGAAGAGGCCAUGCUGCAACAAUUGGAAAUUGAUGAGAUGGUCAAUAAAAGAACAACUAGGCUGUACGCCCAUAAAAACCAACUCAGGAAGGAGAAACCAUCAUCGACAAAAUCACAGAAGGUCACUGAAGGCGGAGAAGACUUAAGGAAUGAACUCAAUGCUGCUCAAGGUUACAUGUUGUACGCGCCAACUACAGAUGAAAAAUCGGCACGCGUGGUAAGAAGUGCGUCUACUGUAAAGAACCGAUUCCUUUCUGCAUACAGUUCAGGGAAAGAUGUGGAUAGCUCGGCAAGCGCCAGAUCGGUCACCGGUGUUAGUGGUGUUUUGGAUGAAAGAACUGAAACCCCAACUACUGAUAAGGAAGCUUUUCCGGUUGAUAAGGAAGCGAGGCCAGGCAAUGUACGCCAAGCCCCUGUCCUAGUUGAAAACGAGAAGACCUCAAGGCCAGUUACCGAAGCGCGAGGACCGACAACAAUCGAGCAAUUCUUAUUUGGUAAGACCGCCGGUAAAAAAGGGCCAUCCGGUACAGAAUUUGCAACCUUAAAAAGUGGGCCAGUGGUGAACGCAACAGAAUCAGAAAUGGAAAAGGAAUCUGUUCAUCGCAAUGACAAACCCGGUGAAUCCUUCAGUGGAUUUUCUCAAGGUUCAUUCGAAAACGAUUACGGUAACGAAGUCACCGAUGAUCAAGAUGAAUCCGACAUAAAGAUUCGGGACUCGAGCGAUUCGAAUGUUCGCGGUAAAGAAAGUUUUUUCAAGGAGAUUAUUUAA